CAGAGUUGAGCCGCGCCAUGUUGGUUGGGUGCGUAAUGGUGGCAACCAUCUCCUCCUGCCCGCCGCCUCCGCCGCCGUUGUUGUUGUUGUUGUUGUCGUCUCCCUCCCCGCGCCCUCCGCUCUCUCCGCCCUCGCCUUUGUCCGCCGCCUUCCCGGCCGUCAGCAGCAGCAGCAGCAGGAGGAGGGGGGCGAACGACGAGCGGAGAGAGCCAUGGAGGCGGAGCCGCGGAGCCGGUACUUGUACCGCGUCCACCGGCACAGCGCCGACAUCCUGGAGCGGCUCAACGCUCAGCGCAAGGCGGGCCGCUUCUGCGACGUGGUGGUCAAGGUUGGCGACGAGCGCUUCCCGGCGCACAGGGCGGUGCUCGCGGCCUGCAGCGGGUACUUCGAGGCGAGUCUCAGCGGUUGCGGCCUUGGGGUCGGGGUUGGGAUCGGGGUAGCGAACGCGGCCGCGGCCGGGACAGGGGGCGGGAUCGCCACUGGCACCGGAGUUGAGACUGAGCCGGUGUCGGAGACGGCGAUUGCGGACGCGCCCCCUGACCCUCAGGAGAACGAGCAGCAGAACGAGCAGCCGAACGAGCAGCCGCAGUCUCAACAGAGCCAACAGCCUCAAUUGGAUCAGCAGGCUCAGAGCCAGCACAAGACGCAGGGUCAGCAGUAUCAUCAACAACAACAACAGCAGCAGCAGCAGCACUACCAGGCCUCGCCGACAGAAGAGCCUCCGCCGUCCGAGGUGGAGAUGCACACGAUCAGCUCCGUGGUGUUCCGCGACAUCCUCGACUUCGCCUACACGUCGCAGCUCACCGUGCGCCUCGAGAUCUUCCCCGAGCUCAUGACGGCCGCGCGCUUCCUCGUCAUGGGCUCGGUGAUUGACAUCUGCCAGGAGAUGAUCCGCCAGGCCAACGUGCAGAUUCGAGUGCCGCGCGCUCGCGAAAGCUACUUCAGGGCGCUGGGCUUCCUGCCGGACAUGGUGCUGCGCCAGGCGCUGGAUGGGGCCCGCGCGACGGCGUCAGCCAAGGAUAAGGAUGACGAUGACAGCGUCGAGCUAGCCAAGCGAGACGGUGAGAUUCAAGGAUCUGGGGCCACUGCUGCUCCCUCCUCCUUGCAAAGCCAAGAUGGAAGUGGGGAUCAACCCGGCAGCCGGCAGGACGUGCUCUCGUCGUCGCCCCCUUCCAAGGACGCGGCCACGGUGCUAAAUUCGUGCGCACGCGAUCAGACCGACGCGCUCGAUCUGAGGGGAGAUGGGGAUGUUUCGACGCCGCAGACUGCCGCGGCAACGUGGCCGGGCAACGGCGAGGGGGGUGACCGGGCCGACGAGCGUGCGGCUGGGGUCCCGUCGCCGUACGAACAGAGCCCCGAGGACGCGGCAUCUUCGCAGGCCCGGGAACAGCAGGGUGUGGUGGCCACGCGCGGCAAGGGCAAGGGGAAGGGAAAAGUGAGGUGCAGAACUCGUGGAAGGAGUCUGCUGCCGUCCAUGGUACCGCUGACGCAACCAAUGCCCAACGAGAUGAUCAAAAGGGGCCGUGGCCGCCCGCGCAAGCGCGCCUUCUUAGAGGUGCAUGGCCAGCCCGUGGUGAGCACGCACGGCAGGGAGACCUCGGAGGAGAUUCUGACAGAGAACCCCGAGCUGAGCCUCUCGCUUAUCCGCAUCAAGAGCAAGAGCCAGUUUGUGUGCUCGCACUGUGGCAAGGAGUUCCGCGACGGCUACCACCUGCGGCGGCACGAGAUGCGCCACACGAGGAGCAACGCUCCGCUGCCGCCCUCUUCGCCGCGCCACGUCUACGGUGUGCCCACCAUGGUGGACAUGGUGAGCCCGCUCGGCGUGCUCUACUCCUCUUUCGCCAUGAGCGGGGCCGACCCGCCCGAUGCGCCGCCCUACUCGGACGACCCCAUGGACCUGUCGUCGUUCCACGCGAGCGGCACGCUUCGCUCGGCAAAGGGCGCAGAUGGCGGCGAGGACCCCGAGGAGGGCGAGGUGGAGCGGCGGCGAAGCCUUGGCGAGGCCGCCCUGGCCGCGUUGGGCGGUCGGGCGCAGGCGUUCGCCACCUCGGCCGCCCUUACUGCUGCAGCCGCGUCAGCGGCCGGCGGGACUAUGUUGGACGGAGACCAGGGCCUGCAGUCUCCGGGGAACGAGAGGAAAGACAAGAAGGCGAUCAUCAACAACCGAGGCCUCAAAAAGAAGCCGGGCAGUCCAGUGGCCGAGGGAGGCACGUCCCAGCAGGGGCCCGUGUUUGGGUUGUUCCACGAGACUUGGCCGCCGGCCAGGACGACGCGCAGGGAGGGGAGGAUGACGCACGCGUGCGACGUGUGCGGCAAGGUCUUCCGUGACUUCUACCACCUGAAGCGGCAUAAGCUAUCGCACUCGGAUGAGCGGCCGUACGAGUGCCCUGUGUGCAAGCAACGCUUCAAACGCAAGGACCGCAUGAGCUACCACCUGCGUACGCACGAGGAUGGCGACGGCAAGGUCUGCUCCUGCCUGUGGUGUGGGAAGGGCUUCUCCAGGCCUGACCACUUGACAAGCCAUGUGCGGCAGGUUCACCUGCGAGAGAGGCCCUUUAUUUGCCAGACGUGCGGGAUGAGCUUUGCCACACACGAGCGGCUGCGUGCACAUGUGACGCGCCACCAGCAGAAGGUGCCCUGCGGAGUGUGCGGGAAGCAGCUGACGGCGGGGUACGUCGCCAGCCACAUGAAGCUGCACGCCAAGGCCGGCAAGACGUCGCCCAAAGCAGAGACAGCCAAUGGAGGCCCCCCACCGGGCACGGGACACAAGCACGCGUGCAAGCUCUGCGGUGCCAGGUUCAAGUUCAAGUCGCAGAUGAAGCGGCACGUGCGUGCCGAACACCGCGAUAGGCCGCCUGGCAAAGACCCGGCCGCUAUCAACGCAGGCACCUCCUUUCAGGACACCGCCUCCAUCAACGCCCCCGCCACCACCGCCGCAGCCAUGGCCACGUCCACCGCCGAUACCGGCAAGCGCCACAAAUCGUCAACCAAGUCGGAGGCGUCGUCCAAGCACAGCAAGCACAAAUCACCGUUGGAAAAACGCUCCUCGCAUUCGUCGAGUUCGUCGUCGUCUUCUUCGUCGUCGUCGUCGUCGUCGUCGUCAUCGUCUUCAUCGUCAUCGUCGUCAUCGUCUUCAUCGUCGUCCUCCUCAUCCCCACCCUCGUCUUCUCCGGUCUGCGUGGCCGCCAGCGCCAGGCCCGCGGCGCCUGCCAGGCCAGCGCUUGGCAGCCCCGCCAGGGCGUCCAUGUCCGUGCUGGAGUCUUUCGGAUUCCAGGUGGUGCAGUCGGCGUACCUCAACUCGGAGGCGGAGCUCAACUCGGACGCGUCCUCCGGGUGACUCCGCCGCCAGCCCCCCCCACCCCCCCGACACCCCCCCGACACCCCACCUCCUCUCACUCCUGCCCCGUAGUGCGCGCGCCACACAGAGGAAACCUUAAACGGCAGCGACGUCGCCUCCAGUUGUCGCCACCGUCGUCGCUACCGUCGUCUCGAACAGCGCAACGUUUUUAACACAUCCAUCGUCAACCAUCGUUGUCGAUGACACCGCCGCCGCUGCUGCUGCUGCUGCAUUCAUCGCUGGGCACCAACGUCUGCCGCCGUCGUCACCACACGUAGCAUUCACCACAUUGCUAUAAGCGUCGUGAUAAUAAACCGCGUUGCAAUCGUCAUCCCGGGCGUCGUCUAGUCCACUGCUAGUCAUUGUCACCAGCGCUAUGUUGCUGAUGGUAGGCAGUCGCACCCAUUGAAAAAAUAUCUUCUGAAGAUAGUCACCCGAUCCGCACUUCUCUACGAGGAGGGUUUGAACACCAUGAGCUGCGUGGACCAUUUUUUUUUUCCCCCCUAACGUGCUCCUUUCCGACCGCAGCUAAUGUGUGGUGAAGGCAUGGGCCGCUGCUCACCUGGCCUACACGAUCUGUGCAAGUGCACUUUGGCCGUGAGCACAUGAUCGUCACGUGCUCUGGCCGCACCGCACGCCACACUUUGGAAAAAAACUUGAAACCAUUGGACAAGUUUGCUAUCGCUGGGACGCGAUUAGUACCUAGUGAAAAUGUUAUCAUUGCCAGCUGAUAUCUUACGUGCAUUUCAUUUAUAAUGAAAGUUAUUACGAGACUAAAUAUUGAGGAAAUUGCUGGGAUUUUUUGGUGAAGUUUAUGGAAAAUGUUUUUUGGACUUGGUAAAAAAAUUGCAUCGCUUUGACCUGUGAUUCAAGACACAGCAACGGCUCUGAAACUCGCAGCAGGACAGAGUAGGUUUCCCAGUAUCAUUGUUUCUAUUAUGCACUCCUCGAUAGUUAUCUUUAAAAAAUAAGGACCGUAUUUUUUGCCAAGUUGAACUGCAAGCAGUUGUGAACACUGGACCGUAUCCAAUGUUGGGACAGUGUGGAGUCUGAGCGAUCUCUUUUUUGAUAGGGGUAAGAAAGAGGAGAACUUCAUUCCUGGACAACAAAUCCACCAUGGUACCGUAGCUCAGGAAAGCAACAGUAUAUGGCGAAAAUGUUGUCAGUACACUCCAGCCUGGAUCUAACGCGACACCUUGGUCUAAUGGGAGGGCUGCAUUACAGGUUUUUUUUUUCCCCUGGCUAACUGUGCAAAGGUAAUUUGGCUGAUUGAGAAAUAAAGUUAGUUUGGUCAUUUCCAUAGUUUUGAUUUACAAAUUAGAUAACGGCGUUUAAGUAGCCUGCACUGCCGCUGCAGGUAUACAAUCUCGGGUGAUAUGGCUUGUUUCAAGUUUCAUUUAUUAGGCAUGGCCCUGCGAGCCAUGCGGCUCUUGAGUCGGGUGCAACCGCAACAAACAUAAUAUGAACAGAGAACACUGUUACGUGUGAAACCAUUGCAGUGAUACCUAAUAGCCAAUCGUUAUGCAUCGCAAGUCUUCAGCAUUACGAGGUCGGCUGAUGAAAGUGAAGAAUAUAAUCGUGAGACGACAUUUAGUUGUAAAUUAUUACAUUUCAUGUGUUGGGGGGGUGGUGGUGGGCGGGGGCGGCAUUUGUGAGUGUGCAACACUGUGAACCAUGUCACCCGGGUUUGACUCCUGAGUCGGCCGCCACAGAUUAGACCGGCAAGUGAUCCAGUCCUGUCCCCCCCCUCGUUAUUAAUUCAGCAGUAGAUUGACAAAGGGCUGUGAAAUGUACUUUGAAUGUAUGAUUGUUGCCAUGUACUCUUUAACGGUCAUGCAAAAGUAGUUUGUUACGCACAGGUCUGGAUCUUAAAAUUAAGUGCAGCUUCCAUUAGCCCAAGGUCUUGGUAUGUUUGGCAAAAACACGUGGACGUUAUUUUUUUUAUUUGUGUUGAGAUAAAUUCCCUACAACAUUGACAUUUUCAGGUUAAGUCUCUUUGACCAAAACUGAAUGUACAGUACAAUUAAAAUGUGGAUAAUUUGGCAAAAAAACCCUACAAACUUGGAUAUCUGUACGUGAAUUCCAUUUCCAAGAAUUUUGGGAAUGUUCUCGAGCCCGUUUCUUUUAAAGUUUCCCACGCAAGCCGGUCCUAAUGAGAGGUAUAAGUGCUCUCGUUGUGGGCUAUGCUGUGUAGGAGUUGGGGAUCUUGUUCCUAUUGGUGGUGGAAGGAGUGACACAAGUGAAACACCAUUUUCAGUUUUAGAUGACACGAUGUGAGCUGCCUUUACUGUAUUUUAGCGCACAAUGGAAAGAAUUAUUGAGUUGAGGUUUAGCUACUCCCGCGUAAUUCUAAGGAUAAUUUAUCUCUUUUUAUCUGACGUGACUUUGGGUAUUAGUCUCCCCAUCUCCUAUACUUCACUGUGCCCCUGAAAUGCAAAUCCAACCACGGUUGCAUGAGCACCGGAGUGUGCAGAACUGGCAUAUAAAAAAAACACAAACUCUAAAUAAAUGUGCAAAUUGUCAAGGUGACACAUGAGAAGCAAGAUUGUGAACGCUGAUCCUCCUCUGGAUUAUUUCGAGGUAGGACUUUGUGAUGUCAGCUCGCGUUACGAUUGCCUGUAGUCGAGGAAAUCUGCUCGCUUAAGUUCCAAGGUUUUAAUGUCUGUGCAGCACGCAAGUGGAUAUUCGGUCUGGGUUUUGCUGUUACACUAAUGAAAAUCUACACUAUGAAUUGCUGUUACCGUGCCAGCCUUUAAACGUGAAACAAUGCGGAUGUUGAAACGUGGUUAAAUUUAGUAAGAGGACCGGCUAAGGUAUGUAAAUAUUAUUAUGCUCCUUGUUUUCUUUUGUAAAAAUAAAUAAAAAGUGAGAAAAAAAAUAAUCCAACAAGUUCUGUAAAUAUUGUUUGUGUUAAAUUGAACAUUCUGGGGCAGCUGUGUGUUUUUUUUAUUUCAUUUUGUAUUUAAAAUAAGCAAGGGUGAACUAGAAUGCUUAGGGUAAAUUACAGUGACAAGUAAUUAAUUACAAUGAACAUUCACUGGAAUGUAAUACAAUUUAAUAUUUUUCACGUAUUUUAUUCAAUACAUGAUCACUUGUACAUAAUGUCCUAUCCAUACGUUAUGCUAUAAUAACUUAGGUGGUAUCUUUUAUUAAACCAGUUGAGCGCCCAAUGAUACGUAAAUUCAUCUGGCAAUAUUUGUCAGGAAAAUUAUUAUUCUGCUUGUUUACCCAGGAAAGCCUGCCUUGAGUUUCAUGACAUUUAUUGAGGAGGGGGUUGGUCCUGCUAAGUUUUCGCAGGAGGGGGAAAAGAUUACUGUGUGUUUCAGUAUAGUUAAUUGCGAGUAAUUUUUCAAAUUUGGACCUUGAUGCCGGCACACAAAUCUUGUCAUUGUAAGUGACGUUACAGGAUCAUUAAUUCCCACUGUUUAGCAGACAGCGAGUAUUGUUUUAUGGUUAACACAUCCGCAGUGAUGACUCGGGCGGACGCUGGAUUAGAUCCCUGAACCCCUGCAACAUUAUAAACGAUUCCCAACGUGUACCAACCCUGUAAAUCAGUCAUUAAAGACUCCUUGAUAUCAA